AAAUAUUAGCCCUUCCUCCCCUCCCCUCUGCUUUCUACUUCAUCAACAACUUUAGUACUGGACGGACUGCUUAAUUACCUCUCUCUCUCUCUAGCUUGUAAUCGGAUCCUUACUAGUUGCUGCUACUGAAAAAUGUCCAGCUUAGAGUCAAGCUCAGGUGGUGACCCUAACAUCAAAGGCAUACCUACUCAUGGUGGACGCUAUGUACAGUAUAACGUGUACGGUAACCUCUUUGAAGUUUCUAUGAAGUACGUCCCUCCUAUUCGCCCUGUUGGCCGUGGCGCUUAUGGUAUUGUUUGUGCUGCUGUGAAUGCCGAGACACGUGAAGAGGUUGCCAUUAAGAAGAUUGGUAAUGCAUUUGACAACAGAAUCGAUGCUAAGAGGACUUUACGAGAGAUUAAGCUUCUUCGCCACAUGGAUCAUGAAAAUGUUAUUGCUAUCAAAGACAUCAUUCGGCCUCCCCAGACAGAAAACUUCAAUGAUGUCUACAUUGUUUAUGAAUUAAUGGAUACAGAUCUUCAUCAAAUAAUACGCUCCAACCAACAAUUGACAGAUGAUCAUUGUCGGUAUUUUCUCUAUCAAUUGCUAAGAGGGCUUAAAUAUGUACAUUCCGCAAAUGUCUUGCAUCGUGAUCUAAAACCCAGCAAUUUGUUCUUGAAUGCUAAUUGUGACCUUAAAAUUGGCGACUUUGGACUUGCAAGGACAACAUCUGAAACGGAUUUCAUGACCGAGUAUGUGGUCACUCGAUGGUACCGGGCACCAGAAUUACUCCUCAAUUGUUCCGAGUACACUGCAGCAAUUGAUAUAUGGUCAGUGGGUUGUAUACUUGGUGAAAUCUUGACUCGGCAACCUUUAUUUCCUGGGAAAGACUAUGUUCAUCAGCUGAGGCUUGUUACAGAGCUCAUAGGUUCACCUGAUGACUCCUGUCUUGGUUUCCUGCGAAGUGAGAAUGCACGAAGAUAUGUCAGGCAGCUUCCACAAUACCCAAGGCAAAAUUUUGCUGCUAGAUUUCCUAAUAUUUCUGCUGGUGCUGCUGAUUUGUUGGAGAAAAUGCUGGUCUUUGAUCCAAAUAGGCGUAUUACAGUUGAUGAGGCAUUGUGCCAUCCAUACUUGGCACCUCUUCAUGACAUCAACGAGGAGCCUGUCUGCCCAAGGCCUUUCCUCUUUGAUUUUGAGCAACCAUCUUUUACUGAAGAAAACAUCAAGGAACUCAUCUGGAUGGAAUCUGUAAACUUCAAUCCAGGUCCUUGAGAAUUAUAUGAUUGACUUGUUGUUGUAUACAUUUGGGAAGCUAUCCCAUGGUUACAAUGGACAACAAUAUAACAUAUCCACCAGAUUCUCUGAGAGAAGAAGAGAUAAGAAACUUACUGGAUGCAUAGAAUUUUCUGUAGGUUUCAAUGAACUGAUACUUCAGAUUUUUUACAACAUCAAAAAGUGUAAGAUGGAGGACAAGCAGUGUAAUUCUAAAGUUUGCUGAGCAGAAUCUCCAUAAAGAUUCCAUCUUUAGUUGUUGUAGGUUCUUCCUUGGCCCGUGCCAUGGGCCACUUAAGCUUUAUGAGGAGUUCUCUAGUGAACUCUAUUGGUCAUGGAGUGAACUCUUCAUGGUUUUGAGGACGCUCGAUGGUCCCUGUUUUUUUUUCCAGUUUCUGAAUGUUGAUUUUGAAUGUGAAGAAUUGCUAGGUAAUAACAUGUUUCUCAUUGUGGACCUGGAAGAGAUGAAAUCUGUAGAUAUUAUUUCUGGUAC